GCGAAUCUGGUUCCGUACAAGGACCAGGCUGUGUUUUAUUGGGGGUUGAUCAUGUUGAGGUUUUGUGCAUUCUUUGUUGCUGGUAGCACCCAGGGUCCCCCAGAGUCCCAAGUUAUCGGACCCUCAUCCUAGAAAGAGUGGGAGGAGUUUCUCUUUUCCCUCCUCCACCUCGUCUGCCUGUUUCCAACUGAAAUCAGAAAGAGCUUAAGUCCUGUCCCGAGAGAAGCCAGGCUCCUCCAUUCUGCAUCAGUAAAGGUCAGAGCUCUAUGACCUCCUCCUUACCACCCCCUCCACCCGCCGGACUUCAGAUCUGACCCCAGGCCUGCCCGCUGCCUCGGGAGGGCCAGCCUCCCCUCGUCAUCGGGCAAGAUGCCGAUCCUCAAGCAACUGGUGUCCAGCUCGGUGCACUCCAAGCGCCGGUCCCGAGUGGACCUCACGGCCGAGAUGAUCAGUGCCCCACUGGGCGACUUCCGCCACACCAUGCACGUGGGCCGGGCAGGGGACGCCUUUGGGGACACCUCCUUCCUCAACAGCAAGGCUGGCGAGCUGGACGGUGAGUCCCUGGAUGAGCAGGCCUCCUCCUCAUCCUCCAAACGCAGCCUCCUGUCCCGGAAGUUCCGGGGCAGCAAGCGGUCACAGUCGGUGACCAGGGGGGACCGGGAGCAGAGGGACAUGCUGGGCUCACUGCGGGACUCGGCCCUCUUCGUCAAGAAUGCCAUGUCGCUGCCCCAGCUGAACGAGAAGGAGGCCGCAGAGAAGGGCUCCAGCAAGCUGCCCAAGAGUCUGUCGUCCAGCCCCGUGAAGAAGGCGAAUGCUGGGGAGGGCAGCGAGGAGGAGGCGGGCGUGGGGGAGGUGGUACCCCGGCGGAAUGGGGCCACUGCCCCCCAUUCCCCCGACCCCCUCCUCGAUGAGCAGGCCUUCGGGGACCUGACAGAUCUGCCCGUCGUGCCCAAGGCCAGCUUCGGGCUGAAGCAUGCAGAGUCCAUCAUGUCCUUCCACAUCGACCUGGGGCCCUCCAUGCUGGGCGACGUCCUCAGCAUCAUGGACAAGGAGGAGUGGGAACCAGAGGAGGAGGAUGGCGGUUACCAUGGUGACGAUGACCCAGCAGGCAGUCUCACCGAGGCUCCCCCUUCAGUGGCAGAGGCCCCUCCCCUGACAAGGCAGGAAGGCAAGGCGAGCCCGGACUUGCCCCCGCUGCCCCCCCAGGCUCUGCAUGACGAGGGGUGGGCCGCGGCAGCCCCCAGCCCAGGCUCAGCCCGCAGCGUGGGCAGCCACACCACGAGGGACAGCAGCUCCCUUUCCAGCUGCACCUCGGGCGUCCUAGAGGAGCGCAGCCCUGCCUUCCGGGGGCCAGACAGGGCCCGGGCCACUCUCCCAAGGCAGCCCGACAAGGAGUUCUCCUUCAUGGACGAGGAGGAAGAGGAUGAGAUCCGAGUGUGAGGUGGGCAGGAGGUGGCAGCUCCACGCUCUUGGCUUCAUCUCCUCCCUGCCCCCAGCCCACCACCACCUUCCCCCCUCCCCCUUCCCCCUUCCCCCUUCUGGUGCAUGGGCAGCCAAGAGCCUGGCUUCAGCCACAGAUCCUGGACCUCAUGGAUGAGGGGCAUUGGCCAAGCCUGGGGGCCUAUGGAGGACUUGAGGAGCUGGCCUGGGUGCCGACUGGGUGCCUGACUUCAUUGCACACCCUGCCCUCCCCAAGCUCUGUAGGACGGGACUGUGUUCUGGAAAUAGAAGUCAGUUUUCCGUUUCCUCCACCCUGGCCUCAGAUGGAUGCCAGACGUCAACCUGACUUCCCGCCUCGUGCGGCAAUAGCAGGUCAGCCCAGGGGCAGCCUCGGUACAAUGGCUAAGGACACUUGGCUCACCUUGUCUCUCCUGGUGUUUCUGCUGUGACUGGCGGUGGUUGCCAGGGUAAAUGCAUGUGGCAGGAGGAAGGCGGUGGUCACACAUCCCAGCCCCUCCCUACUCCGUCCCUGGCUCCUGCACCGGAAGCCUGGAGCCCCUUGGAGUAAAGCUGGACUGAAUAUGUACACUAAACGCGUCCCCUUCCCGGGGAAGAGAACAG